AAUUAUAAAGAAAUUAUCAAAAAAGUUGAAUAUUUCUGAAAAUUCAACUCAACUAACGAUCCUCAGCACAAUGACAUUAAUUUGUUAGACUUUUCCAGCAACUAACUUUAAUUUUAUUAUUCAUUGUAAUUAAUUUUAAAAUUUAGCUCGAUUAAUAGACUUGCUGUGCAUAUAAGCUAUUUCCAGUUACUGACAGUAUCUGGUACUCCACUGUAUUAUUAAAGCUACAAUAAACAGAAAUAUUUGGACGAACAAACAUUUAUUACAAACUUUCCCACAAGAUGACUCUCACAUUCAUGUUAAAUUAUUUCAAUCGGCUUAAAGGGAUAAACAGUAAACAAAUUUAGUUAGACAGAAAUUAUGUGUCUUUUGAAUUCUUGUUUACUAAAUCGCAUUAUUUUGCUAAUAUUUAACAUAACACAUCUCAACAAUAACUGUGUGCCUGUCUAUUUUUGACAAACAGUAGUUAAAUACAAUUCCAUUGGUUCCAACUUAUUUCCAGGCCAAUAUGAUCUUGUUCGUAUCUUCCUCCUCCUCCUUCUUCAGUCCAGUAUAUAAAGGAUAUGUAAAAGUUUUGAACAGUAUACUUCUUAGUUCGAGUUCAUCACUUCAUCUACCACUGCAUUUCAAUUUACUUAUAAGAAUAUCAUAAUUUGAUAAUCUUCAGUACUACAUCUUCAUUAUUUCAAUUUAAACUUUAAGUAUUAACACUUGAAAUUAUUUCCAAUGGCAGAUUCAACUGAACAAUGGCCUACACUUCUUGAUGAACAAAGUUUUGGCUAUUUGGUUGAUUUAUCCCAAAACUUGUCCAAAGUUGAAGGAUUAGUUAAAAAAUUGGUGAAGGGUGAAUAUCAGCAAUGGUAUAAAAAACAAUACGAAUCGACUCGUGAUUCUCAGAACUUUACUAGUGCCGAAAACAAUUCUUGGGAUAAUUGCCUUAACUCGCAAGGAGAGAGUGAAGAUAAUGACGAUUCGUACCCAACUAGCUACAAAUGGUACCCAACUCGAGAAGCAUCCAGUGAAAAUGCCAACAAUCCCAAAAGUGAAUGGACUGAAAGACGGGAUGAAGGUUGGGAAAUCGAACCAGAUUGGUCAAGUGUUGAAUCCAAAAAUGAAACAACUAUGAAUUGGCCUGCACCUAAGGUAUCUGAAUGGGACGAAGCACAUUUGGAAAGUGAAUGGAGAAAUUUUGAUUCGAAGGAAUCAAAUCAAGAGGAAAUUGAAUGGGAAUAACCUGAACCAUCUUCUUGGUGAUUGAAUUUUCUUUCAAAUAAUGGAUGGUCUAGAUGCAAGUCGUUUUGGAUCUCCUUUCUGAUAUUUUACAACGAAAACUUUUUAAUUUUAUCUCACAAUUUUGUCAGUGUCACUAUUAUUCUCCAUAUACUAUGUAUUUUCAUGAUUAAGAUAAUUUUCAAAAAAUUAGAUUGAAAUAAAUUCUCUGCAACUUUGAAUAA